AGUCAAAAAUAAAAAUAAAAUAAUGUACAGUGAUCGUGAAUACAUACAGUAAGUGCUUGUAAUCGGAAUUGUAAUCGGAAUACAUUAAAUUUUACAGUGAUUCCGUUCAUACAAUGUGUAUAACAUUUUGUGUAAAUGGUUUGCGCCUAUAAUGUGUGUAGCAGCUAAAAUACGGUACAGCUUCUUCAGCGGCAGGCAAACAAAUUAUAAACAAACAAAACAAAUAUUGCCUUGAGAAAAAGCCUUGAAUGAAGGAUGCUUUCACAAUAAAAAUCCAUAUAAAAUGCAAGCAAACAUUAAACAUUUUGUAAGUACGGCAACAAAAGAUAUGGGACCUAGUAUUGCCGGAUAACAUCGACGCCAAGAGAUUUGAGUCUCCGGCACUUCCUUGGACAAAACUUCUUUUAAAAGAGGAAGCUUAAAGCGUUGAAUCUGGCUCUGGGAUAUUUGUCUUCAACUAUUGAGAAGAUCGCGAGUUAUGAGCAAAGAUCUCCAAUGUUUGCAAAUACGACAGAAGCAACUGAAGAGGUUGUAUUGGACCAAAAACAUCCACUUGUGGGGGUCGUGCUGGCCAUGUUCUCCUUUGUCACCGUUCUAGGAAACAUGCUUGUCAUCGCAGCGGUUGUGAAGGAACUUUAUCUUCGAACAGUUACUAACUAUCUAAUAGUCUCUCUUGCCAUAGCGGACGUUAUGGUUGGGGGAAUUGUGAUGCCUUUCAGUAUUAGUUUUGAAUUAAAUAACGGAGUGUGGCACUAUGGACCCGAGUGGUGUGAUCUUUGGCAUUCCUUCGACGUCUUAGGUAGCACGGCGUCCAUUCUAAACCUAUGCAUUAUUUCCCUUGAUAGGUAUUGGGCUAUAACGGACCCUAUUGCAUAUCCAACAAGAAUGUCGCCGUGUAGAGUGUCUAUUCUAAUAACGUUUGUUUGGUUAUGUUCAGCGGGCAUAUCAUUUCCCGCUAUUGCUUGGUGGAAAGCAGUAACCCCUGCAAACUUGCCUUCUACGAUGUGUGUUUUUACAGAAGAUAGUGCAUAUUUGAUAUUUUCCUCGCUGGUGUCAUUCUAUUUUCCUACAAUUGUUAUGAUAUUUGUGUACCUACAAAUUUACCGAGCAGCACGCAACCAAAGAAAAAGUAUUGAAACAGGGACCAAAGUGUUGACAUCCAAUCGUCUUUUUGGACCGAGUGGUGUCAUGACGUUACGCAUACAUCGAGGGGGAAUGGCUAAACUUCGUUCUCCCAGUACUACACCGGAAUUAUCGCCAUUCAAAAAGCAUAGUGAUAGUGACGAUGAGGACACGGAAAUGACGUCAAGUAUGACGCCACAUCAUCAAACACCCAUACAUAGUAACAAUCAUGAAAUUCAUUCACAUGAAAAUAAUGCACAUGAGCAUUCAAAUCAGCACCAUAAUCAAAGACCAAUGAAAUUCAUAACAAAGAGACUGCGACAUUUAGCAUUAAGCAAAAAAUUAUCAAAACUUGCAAAGGAGCAAAAAGCGGCUAAAACACUAGGAAUAGUUGUUGGUGUUUUCACAAUAUGCUGGCUUCCGUUCUUUGUGACAAAUGUUCUGCUUGGAAUAUGUGGUGAAUGUGUUACUAAACCGGAUGUUAUAUACCCUAUAUUUACUUGGUUAGGAUAUAUAAAUUCAGGGGUUAAUCCUAUUAUUUAUGCAUUGUCAAUGAGAGAUUUUCGUCGAGCAUUUGGACGGAUUAUUUUCUGUUGUUGUCCAAAAUACAGAUUUUAUCAGGCGAGACGGCGACAGAAAACAUAUAGAAACAGUAAUGUUACGACAUCUAGCUUCAUCGGGUCUGCCCUCUUAUAGCAUUUGAAUAAGUGUUUCUUUAAUGUUAUCUAAGUAUACUAAUAUCAUCCGGUUUUAAUCCAAAUUAAUUCCUUUCUUUAUGUUUGGUAAAACCAUAUCCAUUUCCUUGUAUCUAAAAACCUAAUUGUAGCGAAACAGCUGCACUUUGCGAAUAAACGAGAAAACUGUAAUAACUUUGCAAUGUUUAUUAUAAACUAACUAAACAAUGAAAAUGAGGCACAUAAAUGUUAGUUAUAUUUUGUUCAUGUUUCCUGUAAGGUAAUAAACCGGUAUGAGAAAACAACCCAUAACGUCAUUUUAUUAUUUUUUUCUUUAUAAAUUGACAUAUUUGAUUCUUAACAAUAUUUAUUUCUGUUGCUUUUGGAAUACAUAAAAUCUUCUGAAAAAUUAUUUUUACAUUUUUAUACUUAUCUUCAAAAUUAUUCUAUUUCAAAAGCGAAGCACAUUUUUA